CUCAAACCAGCAAACCCUGCUUUGGUCACACUGAACAAGCUCAGGAACAUGUCAAGAGCCAAAGUACUCUGUUUAUCAUUAUUAUUCAGCAGAGCUUCCCCACAAGAUUCCAGGGUUUUUCAAGAUGAGUUCCAUUAAGAUUGAAUUUGCAGUUAAAAUGCGAAGGGGAGACCUGGAGCAGGCCAAGUCCCUGGAGGCGGCCCUAACCGGCCUCGGCGAAGUAGAAAUAGACCCGCAACAGGGGCGGGUGAUCAUCCAGACCCAACGACCUUGGUCAGAGGUGCAUGACAAAAUCGAAGCCACUGGUUUGACAGCCGUGCUCUCUGGAUUUGGAGGCCAGUCGGCGGUGGCCCUUAUCAACACAACUGGUAGCGUGGUGGACAAAACUCCUGUCCAGGGAGUGGUACGGUUCACGACCAUCACAGCGAAGGAACCGGGAGCAGUGGUCGAUGGCGUAGUUGAUGGACUGGCACCUGGAUUGCACGGCUUUCACAUUCACGAGUGCGGGGACACGUCCGCUGGCUGUGCUUCCGUUGGUGCUCACUACAACCCGCGACAAUCGCCCCACGGCAGUCCCACAGGUGGGGCCGCGGAACGACAUGCUGGGGAUCUAGGUAACAUAAGGGCGGAUGAAAGCGGUAGAGCCACAUUCCGAUUCGUAGACCCCAUUCUGGAGGUUUGGGACAUCAUUGGCAGAUCUGUAGUCAUAACGUCUAGUCCGGACGAUCUGGGGCAAGGGGGCAACGAUCAAAGUCUAGUCGACGGCAAUUCGGGAGACAGGAUUGCAUGUGGAAUCAUCGCACGAUCGGCUGGUAUCCUGGAGAACUUUAAGAGAAUCUGUGCCUGUGAUGGAGUUACGCUCUGGGAUGAAAGGAACAAGCCAGCAGCUGGAAAGGAGCGCUCGCAGAAGCUUUAGUCUCUUUUGUCACUUGUCCCAGUUAAUAAACGUAAUUUAUCCAAUGACUAAUCGCAAAACUCA